GUGUCCUGGUCGCUGCACUAGCGCCUCCUCUGGUCGGUCGGGGCACCUGCCAGGUUAAAAGAACCGGCUGGCGACUCCACAUGUAUUGGAGGGGGCAUGUGGUAGUCUGCAGCCCUCCCCGGAUCGGCAGAGGGGGUGGAGCAGUGACGGGGACGGCUCGGAAGUGUGGGGUAAUCGGCCUAAUACAACCAGGGAGCAAAGAAGGAAAAAUGUCAAACAAACAAAAAAACCUGUCUCAUCAAAAUGUAUGAGGUGAACAGCUGGUAUAAGUAUUUAUAUUGGGUAAAAGUACUUUGUAUGAACCUCUCUAACUUGUGUAUCCACAGCUGGCCAUGCUGAAAGUAGUCAGCAGUCUUGAUCCAGACGCUCAUAACAUCGUCCGCUUCCAUGAAGGCUUUUUCUAUCGCGGACUCACGUGUCUGGUGUUUGAACAGCUACACAUGAGUCUCCUCGACUACAUGAGACAGACACACUGUAAACCUCUGUCUCUGAAUGAGAUUCGUCCCAUCACAGUACAGCUGGCCACCGCCUUCACAGCUCUGAAGAGCAUCGGGCUGAUUCACACAGACCUGAAACUAGACAACAUCAUGCUGGUGGACCAAGUCAGUCAGCCGUUCAGGGUGAAGCUGAUUGAUUUUGGUCUGGCUGUUCCCUCCUCUGAGGUUCAGCGUGGCAGCAUCCUUCAGCCUCUUGGUUACAGGGCACCAGAAGUUGUCUUGGGCCUCCCUAUCUCAGAGGCAAUAGACAUGUGGUCCCUUGGCUGUGUAAUGGCAGCGAUGUUCUUGGGAAGAAACCUCUACCCUUCUUGGGAAGAAUUUGACAUGAUGAGAGCCAUUGUGGCGACACAAGGCAUGCCAGCAGAUCACUUGUUGGAUGCUGGUUUGAGGACGAGGUGUUUAUUCACCAGGGACUCAAACCAUCAAACCUGGAGGCUCAAGCUGCCAUGGGAGUACUUCCGGGACACAGGGAAAUCGCCCCGGUGCCCCAGCAGGUUUAGCUUGGGCUCCCUUGAUGUCCUGUUGAAGUGCAAACUUGAGGGGGCAGAUGAGCACGAGGAGGAAGACAUCCAGGCAUUUGUUGAUCUGCUCAAAAGAAUGCUCACCCUGGAUGCUGCCCAGAGAAUCACCCCCAGCCAAGCUCUGAGACAUCGCUUCCUCAGCAUGACCCACCUCGCUAUGGGCUACCACCACAGCUCCUACGUGAUGGAUUCCUUUGACAUCAUGUCCAUCUGCCCACUCUCGGAGUCGUCUUGGGGGUCUGAGAUCAAUGAAACCUGCAGCCAGCAAGACCAGAACCCCAUGACCUCCCUCACAGAUGCUAAUGGAGGAGGAGAUGAUAAAGAGGAGGGUGACAUCAAAGGAACUGAUGAUAAAUUGGAGGGUGACAUCGAAGGAGGAGAUGAUAAAGAGGAGGGUGACAUCGAAGGAGGAGAUGAUAAAGAGGAGGGUGACAUCAAAGGAGAUGAUAAAGAGGCAGGUGAUAUCGAAGGAGGAGAUGAUAAAGAGGCGGGUAACAUUGAAGGAGGAGAUGAUAAAGAGGAGGGUGACAUCGAAGGAGGAGAUGUUAAAGAGGAAGAGAACAUCAAAAGAGAAGAUGGUGUAGAGGAAGGGAACAUCGAAAGAGAAAAUGACGAAGAUAAGGGAGACACUGGGGACAGUGACAAAGAGGGGCUCAUCCAAAGAGAAGGAGUUGAAAAGAAGGGAGACAGAAGAGAAAAUGGUGGAGGAGAGCAGAAGAGAAGUGAAGGAGCAGGAUGUAGAGACAAAAUUGAUGGAGAAAAAGGUGAAGGGUUGAAAAGAGAAAGUAAAAGAAAAGGAGGAAAAGGAGGGAGAAGAAGAUGGAGAAAGAGUUGGAGAAGUAGGAAGAGGAAAGGAAAAGAUGAGGAAGAGGGGAAGGAGGAGAAAGCAGAGGAGGCGGGGAGCAAAACAAAGAGGACAAGAUGAAACAGAGCACAUUAUCCCCACCAACAAAAACUCAUAUUCUUACUCCUCCUUCCCCCUCCUCACUUUCAUCCCCUCUCCUUCGCCCCUCGGCCUGUCCUCCAUGCUGCACACUCCUCUGACCCAACAGACGUGUAACAUAAAUGUCUAAAUGUUAAAUGUAAAUAUUGAGCCUACAUAUCAAUGUUAAAUAGUCAUGUGGACGUUGAAGCUAGACGUGCUCGGUGUCAGCACUCUCAUCAGAGCUCCUGAGUCUUCUUCCUGUGAGGACGUCCUCUGACAUACCUGCUCUGAGACAGCU